AUGCCUCUAUCUAACCGCCGUCGCGCGCGGCGCAAGGAAAUUCAACUCCAAGAAACCUCGGACGCAGAGGCUCCGGAUUCAUCGCCCACGCGACCCUCAAACAAAAAGCGCAAGGUUGACCACCGGACAUCGCCUCAACUCUCGAGGGUCAAGGCCGAGUCCGGGGACGAAGCGGAUGGCUCUUCCCCCGAACGUGAAUUAUCCGAGAACCAGGACCUCGUCGACCUAGUCAUUUCUUAUCUCCAAGUCGCCCGCGAAGAGCUUCGCGUUCUUCGAGACCACUCGAACGCGAAAACCGAGAGCAAGCAGAGCAUCCGCGCAUACGCCAAGAUCGCCGGCAGAAACUGGACGUACUACGUGAAAUCCCUUCAUGUCAACAUUGGCCGCGAGCCGGACCGCGAACAAAAGCUGGAUGAGCAAUCGAGUCCUGUCACAAUCGCUGCGCGAGCGCUUCCGGAAGUCCACGUAGAUCUGGGCCCCAGCAAGUUCGUGUCGCGCCUUCACGCGGAGAUUUUCUAUGAUGGCGAGGAGACUGCGUCCUGGCAUAUCCGCGUCAAUGGCCGGAAUGGCGUCCGUUUGAACCAGGCGAUCCUUAAGCGCGGCACCGAUGCCGUUCUUUCAUGUGGCGACAUUAUCGAAAUUGCAAACACGUCGAUGAUGUUUGUUACGCCCGGCGACAAGGCGAAUAUUCACCCUAGCUUCAUCGACCGCGCGCAACGGAUGGCCAACGGGGAAGAGGACCCGGUGACUUAUGACGCUCCUCAGCAUGCGCACCCGCAGCAAACGCCUACUGCUCAGAAGACUCAAGAUGUCAUCCCGAAUUCAACAGGUCCCUCGCUCGCUCCCGCUCCACAGUUCCUCAAACGUCAAGUCACACCGCCGCCCCGGUCGCCCGACACCAUCGGUGCGCGAACCGCCAAACAAUCGCCGCUGUAUAACCGAGGUAUGAUGAUGGAGAGCACCGAAGAGAUCGAUUACAGCAAGGACGCUGCCAAGGAUUUGAAACCGCCUUAUAGCUAUGCGACGCUCAUUGCACAGGCGAUCUUCUCGAGCGAGGAGGAGAAGUUGACCCUCAACAACAUCUACAACUGGAUAAUGGAGAAGUACGCCUUCUAUCGACACUCGCAAAGCGGCUGGCAAAAUUCGAUCCGACACAAUCUGUCGUUGAACAAAGCAUUCCAAAAGGUUCCCCGUCGGACAGACGAGCCAGGAAAGGGUAUGAAGUGGCAGAUUGCACCGGAGUAUCGUGAGGAAUACUGGAAGAAGCAACUCCGCAAAGGGGGCGCCCAAUCGUCAGCACCAUCAUCGCCAGCGACCAAAGACCCUGCCGCAACGCGAGGCGCGCCAACGAGUGGUAUGGAAUCCGUGUUCUCCGCUGGCAAGAAGUCGCCGCCCGUUUCUUCACCUAGCUUCAGCUCAUUCCCCGUGGCGCCGGUUGAAGCUUACACGCCAGAACGGGGCUCGCGAGCUGGACGAAACGGUGCAAUAGAGCCGCCUUCGCUUCGGCCACCGAAUCGAAGGGACUACGAUGCGACGUCUCCGUUACCCAAUCGGUCCGCUACGAAACAAAAUGCAACUGGUCUUAGCCGGGCCUAUGGGCUAUCAGAUAACGCAACCCGAUCUCCCCCUGUGCUCUCAUCUUCAUAUUAUGACGAUGCCCCGUCAUCGAUGAUUACACCUGCACCGCAACGCCACCAGCCCCGACUUCCGCCUCCGAGCACUGCACAGGUUCCAUCCAAAUUCAUGCCAAUGAGCUCGCCCGCGCAGUUCUGGAAGUUCGCGGACAUUGGGAGCACACCUGCCCGCCCAGUUGCCGAUAUGAGCCCGUUAAAAGGGGACCCCGGAGAUGCGCUUCCCAGUAGUAGUCCACCUCCGCCGAACCUGGUCAGCCCUAGCAAGCCGGGGACGUCCAAUGGAGUCGGGUCAGGUCGCCCGCUCUCAGCGCGGCGGGAAGACGGGCCAGGUUCCAAUGGUGUGGACGAGCGCGGAGGACACGCGGAUGAGGAAGACGGGGAUGAAGACGACAACGCAGGAUUCGAUCUAGCACGGGGCUUCCAACCGAUUGGAUCGUAUCACCGCCAGAUAGGUAGCACAGCAGCGCGGACAAGUGCGGCGACUACAUGA